AUGCAACGAGCUGUCUUUUUGCCAAUUAUCAACAUAUUAAUUGUGUGCUACUCUUUCCAUGUGGUUCGGGCACCCAUAAAUCCUUCUUUUACCAAGCCUCAUCAGCUUGAACCAAAAACUACAGAAAGCAUCGAGAGUAUAGGGAACUGUGAACAUCACUUCAAAAGUAGCAACAUACCCACAGAAGACCAUGAAGCUAAUGCUGAAUUAUCAACUCACUUGAAAGACAAUGAGGAUGUACUAAUGGAAAAUACUGAUGCUGCAGCACUAGAAUAUCUCACCAGCCAUCCUGAAUCUGAUACUAUUUUGUUUUGGAACAAUUUCUCUCAAGAGAUGAGCACCAUUCUUGGAUCUAUGGAUUCAGAAAAUAUCAUACAAUCUCCAGAUCAAACGGAAAGCAGAGGGAUGACAACCUCUACACACUUUCCAUUCCUGGAAGCUCAACACACUACGGUUGAUGAGGAUUCAAAUGUGGGAUCUUUGAAGGGAAACCAGUUUGAUUCUUCAGCAUCAAGUUCUGAUCCCAGAAUGUUCCAAGAUUCUCACAACAUCAAACAACAAAAACAAAAGCCAAAGCUUAUUGGAGUUCAACAUAAGGCACAUAUAUCUAAAAAGAAAGGAAAAUCAAAAUCAAGGUUUCAAGUUUUAAAAAAUUUGCCAAAGAUUGAGGAAGUAGAAGAAGAACUUCAAUAUUCCCACUUCCAAUCCAGAAGUGUAGCUAAUUUACUCAAAUCAAAAGGAAUGCUAGCUUUAUGGCACAAUUACGAGGUGUCAAGACAGAUUGAUGUUUUCUUUCAUAAUCUAGAUAGCAUAUUCUACUCAAUACUUUGGUCUUCAUCAAUCAUCCCAUGUACCCCAUAUCAUGUCAAGGUAGCAAUCCAUAGGGUCAAGAAGGAUGUUGUGAUUGCUUUCUUUGGGGGCCUGAGUUUAAUCCGUCAGAGAAGUCAAAAAGAUGUCCCAAUCAAAGAUCUAGUUUCUGAUGGAUGGGUUUACCUUCAAGAUUAUUUGCAUCAAGUGUUUUAUCCUGGUCAAAACAAAAUCAGUACACUUUCAUUACUAUUCAACAAUGAUGUGGACGACUUGUCAAGCCCUUCAUAUCUACCAAGGUAUAUGUUGAACCUUGAUAAAUACUCACCUGUUCAACCAAGCCAUAUAGCAGCAUUGAUUUCAAAUUGGACAAAAUACUAUAUCUUUGAGCCAACUCAGUGCAAGAUUGAAUUUUCAACACAUUCAUUUCUUUCUGAAAUUUUAUCUGAAGCAGAACUCAGAGGCAAGAGGAUCUUGACUCCUAGGCUUAUCAAAAAGAAACAGAAGCCCUCAUUGCCAACUUUGGAAUUCUCAAUUUCCAUGCUCCCACAUCUUUCAGAGCUGGAGCUGUCUAAAUUAAAAGAAUACAAAGGGAACCGGCCUGCAAAUUAUCUUGCAGUCAUUGGUAUGUCUGCACUGACAAAACACACAGACAUCUUGACAAGCACUCAAAUCUUCUUUGGUUGUCUUGAAAGAGAUAUGAAUCAAAGCUUGAUAGAAGGCAUCCAUUCAAUUGGUGGGCCAUUGAGAAAAGAUCUGAUCUUUGACUCAAAAAAGAUCCAAGAUGUAAUCAAAGCCAUUAAAUCUUUCAUGGUUCCAGCCUUUUUGGGUGUACUGGUUGUGUUGCACUACAAUCAGUUAACAGACCAAGUGAUGGAAAUUUUACUUAAGACUGGCUGGGAGAUUCUGCAAGAUUAUUUUUCUAAAUGGCGAAACUGUUUUCAUGAAGACCCAUCAUCAAUUCUCCUGACCAAAGAGGAAAAGUUAUCACAUGAGGUUGACUGGUAUCAUGCUAAAGACACCUUACAUUAUUUCUCUCAGUCUAGAGUCAAGAAAAAUUUUCCUAUGGAUCCUGUUUGGUUUGUACUUGAGCUUUGGUAUGAGACUAUAAUUCAAAAGAGAGAUAGUUGGGUUCAUGAUAAGAUUGAAUUUGAACCAUCACUACCAAAUCAAGAUGUAUACCAUAAGUUUCUUGCUUGUUUGAAAAAGUAUAACUCUUGA